AUGGCUUUCAGUGCUUGUACUGAUUCUGUUGUGAAAUCCGGAUACUGGUUUUUCGGGCGUGACUUCAACUGGCCAGUAUCAAAAAUACCUUCCGAACUCUUCACACAUCUUUAUGCUGGCUUUGCCAAGGUCGACGAUGAUGGCACGGUCAGUACCGUUCUUGAGCAAUACUCGGAUCAAUUCCGAACCUUCACCGACACCGUUCGAGUACGAUGCCCUCAAGUGAAAACUCUUUUAUCCAUCAGUGGUGAAGGCUCUCCGAUAUCUCCAGUGGUGGCAGAUACAGAAAAGCGUCAAACAUUCAUAAGGACCUCCAUAGAACUAGCCUGGGAUUUGGGUUUCGAUGGUCUGGACCUCGGCUGGCUGUACCCCUCCAAUGACGACCAGAAGGACCAGCUUAGUCACUUCCUCAAUGAAUGGCGAUCUGCAGUGGACAAAGAAGUCAAGAAGACUUUACAGAAUUUUACAAAGACAAAGCCGUUGCUUCUUACUGCAGCAGUGUUUUACCAUUCGGUCAAUAAUACUUUCAAUUAUCCCAUUCAAGCUAUUAAUGAAAAGUUGGACUGGAUCAACGUACUGGCCAUUGACUUCUAUACUCCGAAGUCUGACUCAUCACCCGAGGAGACUGGACCGUAUAAGUAUAAGAAUGGAAUACUCAACCCGAAAUCCUUUUCUGGAUUCUUUGCACCGGCUAAUACAGCAAAGAUAGACCCCGUGGCCUACAGAGAUGUCCAGAAAGAAGUUGAACUCUGGAGGGGUAUUUAUGAAACUGUGUAUGAUAGCAACUAUAUUGCUGUUUACUGGCAUGAAAUUAAUGGGGAGAAAUGGAUUGAUUAUGAUGAUGCAUUGUGCAUCUUUGGAAGGGUAAGAGGGGCAAGGACUCGUAAUUUGGGCGGUUACUUUGCAUGGCAUCUGGCCACCGAUGACGACAAUUAA